AUUCCACGCCAGGAAUCAUGUCACAAAAAUCUUGAGAGAUGUUUUAUAUAUGGGCGAAUUUUCAGUUUUUGUGUGAUUUGCCUUUACAAAUAAUUAGAGCAGAAUCUGUGAUGCAAAUUUGAAAUAAUUAAAUGACUUUACAGGACUUAAAGGGGUUUUAACAUCCGUUCUAUUAAAUGCUGGUGGUGUUCAAUGGAAAUUGCUUCACAAAUUUUAACUUAUUCUGAAACUUGCACCGCUGUUGUUGGCUCUGCAACCUAUUGUGUUCAACAAGUCAGAUUACAGGCGUCAGAAAUUGGCAGAUCUUGGUGUGCAACAGGACCUAUUUUUUUGUUAAAGUACAGGGUGUUCCACCAAGGAAGAUGUUGCAUAAUGUCUUCAAGUGCAUUCACACAAAGCCUGUUCUUCGGUGGCUUAGCUCAUCUUUUUCUGCUUCUGAGUAUGUUUACUGUUACUGUGACACUGUAUAGGUGUGAGGUGCCAGCCCCUUCAGUGUGGCAAGUAAACUGUUGUGAAUGAUGAGUGGAAAGUUGGCAACCUGCUGUUUUGUUGUUGCAUUUACUUUUCUGCUGUGUUUGCCACACACUUACAUAAACACUCACACACACAAUACUUUUACAGUAAAAGGCAGUACUUUCCUAGCAUUUUACUUAUUUUUACUCACCUCUGCUCCAUGUAUCUAAAACUGUUUCUACAGCUGUCUGAAGAUGCUCCAGGAUACAGAGAGGAUGUUGUUCUGAGGGGUGCUUGCCUGUGAAGAGGUGGGCCAGGCAGGGUAGCUUUGGCUUUAUCAGGUGUCCAUUGUUUCCAUGACACAAAACUGCAUUCUCGUGUGCAACAUACAGUGGCAAACCUGCGUAAAGUCAGGGCAACAUGCAAGCAUGUACAUAAGUCUUGACAAAGUCUCCACAUCUGUCUGUUUUUACAUCAGCUUUGUAGCUAACCUGGACUGAGUGUCUAUCAUUACCAUACACAAUGCCACAACAUCUAUCUCCCCAAGUUUGUGGGGACCCUAGCAAUUAUUUUUUUGUCUUAAUAUUUUUACUAUUUUGACUUUAAGUUGUCUGUUGGGAACACACACACGUUUUGGAGAAUGAACCAGAGAGCUCGCACAUGACCAUUAGAGUGUUCUUGAGGUUGUGCAAAGUUGUAAUGUGUAAUAAUAAAGCAACAGCACGUACAUUUGUUCUGCACAUUAGAUCUGUCGUUUCCAACCUCUUAGUUAGAUUGAUGCCCCUCUCAGGCCUGACUGGUAAAUAUAUGGCUGGAGCCAGCAGCCCGUUCGCUAAGCUUAGUAUCAAGUGCUGGCCUUUACUGUUCAAAUGAAAGAGAUUACAUCUGCCAGCGCCAAUAAAUAUCUGUCAUCGCUAACAUGUUAAAUCUUCUUUUUUUAAUUACCUCACUGUAGGCUUUUGUCUAAAUAAAAAAUGAGUGCCAAACAACAUGAUGUGAUUUUACAGGGUGUAGGUUGUUUGAAUAUUCAUUGGCUGUGUGAUGUUUUGUCCUGCAGGCCAUCAAAUCUGACUUGUUUUCAUAUGAAAAAUUGUAUUUAUGAGUAUUUAUAGACACUGAUAUGGAAAUUUUGUUUCCUUCAGAAAGAGCUAGACCAGCUCUUUCAACUCUUUGUGCUAAACUAGGCUAAUGGAUUAGGUUUCUGACUGACGCUUACCAACAUGAGACUGGGGAUGCUUUCAUCCAACUCUUGUAAAGAAAGCAAAUCAGCAUACUUCCCAAAAGUCAACUGUUCUUUUCAUAACAAGUUCCUAUUACUCUGCACAGUGUAUGGAGUUAUCCUGCGCUGGGGAUGGCAGGUGAAUUGCAGCAAACGAGUGAGUGGCCUUAACAAUGUGAGGUCGUACGGUGGUGUUUGCACAGUGAGACAAGUGAAGUGAUGACGCCUGCAGCUGUCAGUGAAGUGAAGAUGGUAAAUGAACUGACGAUGAUUGAUUGACACAUUGAAGUUCUGAAGGUGACAUGUUUGAUCGGCUUUCUUUGGUCCGUGUGCCCUCCUGUGUUCUAAUGUCAGUAGUUCUGGUCAGACAGUUGUUCUGGCCUGACGUCAACACUCACUGUUGUGUUUAGACAUCUUUCUGCUCCUGCUGUUAACCCCCUAAGGGUUCUGGGAUAUGUCUGCCUCUCUUUCUGCCCUUUAAAGGUUGCGCUCAUUGUAAGCAAGAGCUGAAAAAAUAGAAACCUUCACAUUCUUCUGUGAACUCCGGGGUUAUGUUUCCCAGCCAUGCUUGAUAGGAUUCAGCCUAUUUAUACUUGGAGUUUUUGUCAUCAAUGUGAGAUAGUUUCAGUCUUCUAUUUGGAUCUAUUUUGUUAGGCUUCGUUAAGUUGAGGUUCGUAAGAAGGCUCACUAUGGAGAGGAUCGCUGGUUUAGGUUUGGGAAUCAUCAGAGCCAGAGCACUGUCAAGGGACAGAGAGCUGAGGCCAGAGGAAAUGGAUGAGUUGCGGGACGCUUUUAAGGAGUUUGACAAGGACAAGGACGGUUUCAUAAGCUGCAAAGACCUUGGAAACUGUAUGAGAACUAUGGGAUACAUGCCCACUGAGAUGGAGCUCAUCGAGCUGAGUCAACAGAUAAACAUGAACUUGGGAGGUCAUGUUGAUUUUGAGGAUUUUGUUGAGUUGAUGGGCCCAAAACUUCUUGCUGAAACUGCAGACAUGAUUGGAAUAAAAGAGUUAAAGGAUGCAUUUAGAGAGUUUGACACAAAUGGAGAUGGAGCCAUUAGCACAGCUGAGCUAAGAGAUGCAAUGAGGAAGCUGUUGGGUCAACAGGUUGGUCUAAAGGAAGUUGAAGAUAUCCUGAGAGAUGUUGACUUGAAUGGUGACGGGCUUGUUGACUUUGAAGAGUUUGUUCGAAUGAUGUCUCGCUAAGAUCACAUAAUGAUCCGUCCUGAAUGUGAAGCUGUGUCCUUCUCUAUACCUAGACCAAGUACAACAGCAGACAUGCUAAGAUGACUGAGCCACCCAAAUCUGAAUGACACUGGAAUUCAAACUCCUUGAAUGUUAUGGAGCGACGAGUCACCUCAAAACCUUCGAUCAAUAAGUGUUCUUCCUGAAAAGGUCUCCAGUUCAACUGAGGCAGAAUUUGCUGUAGCCUAGCAGAUGAUUGUCCAACUUUUGAUUUUGCACUUUAAUUCUCACUAAAUAACUUCCUGCGUGGUUAGAUCGCUGGGGUCUUGUCUCGUCCCUACAUGAUAGAAAAUUGUCUCACAAAAUGUCGCCUUUGAUGUACAUCUGUGUCAGGAUGAGAGAGUAAAUAUAUGUAGAAAAGAUGUCAAAGAUCAGUGCACUGUCAAACACUUGUGUGUGUUAUAUUUUAGAAACUGUAAGUGGAUUGUCCUUUGUGUGACAUUGGUGCUCCUACCAGGAACCCAUGUGGCAAUAUAACACCUGUAUUGUACCUGUGUGACCAUCUGUGAUUCUUCACUGUGCCAGUCCAGUCCUAUAAAAGAAUCACUGUCUGACAGUACGUGCAACUACAAAGCAAAUCUGUGAUACUAAUGAGAAAUAGAGCUGUGUAAUACAAUUCGGAUAUGUUAUCCGCUAUGGUCUUAUAUCAAGGAAGUUGAACUAGUAUUUUAGGAAAUGUACAACUCUUUCAGAGCUAAGACCCAGAGAAACAAUGUGCUGGCCCACACUAGCCGCUUGCCCUGUAUAAGAUAAACAGCAAGAAUGCCAUAUCUGAACUGUCUUUACAUUGAAUGUGAUUAUGUUGUACCUGUAAUGUAUGUCAAUGUCAAUAUGAAUGUAGUUGUGGUACAUUCCACACAUCUGUGUUGUCAAAGCAAUUUUUAUGCAUGCCAAAGAAAAUUUAUUAAAUUCAGUAUGCACAUUUGCAUUUUUGUCUAACAAAGUAAACAAAAUCGUUUACCAAAUUAACUGUAGAACAAUAAAAUGUGUUUACAUUUGA